AUGAUGCUAAAUCCUGUUAGACUGGCAAUGAGAUGCACCAGGACCAGUCAAUUAAUUUAUCAUAACCUUAGUGGAGAGAGAAAUGAUAAUGGUCAACAAUUUGUAGAUUUAUGUCUUGAAAAUGGACUGGUGAUAGGUGGAACAAUUUUCCAACACAAGACAAUACACAAGUUGACGUGGAUAUCACCGGAUGGGAAAACCAGGAACCAAAUUGAUCACAUUGCGAUCAAUCGAAAGUGGAGAGGGUCGUUGUUGGACACCAGAGUAUCAAGAAGUGCAGAUGUAGGUGGCGAUCAUCACCUUGUAUUGAGUAAGCUUCAGAUAAAACUGAGAAAAACGAAGAAAGUUUAUGGGCAACAAAUUUUCGACUCAAGGAAGUUGAAAGAACCGUCGGUAAAGGCACAGUUCAUACUGGAGCUCUCGAAAAAGUUUCAACUUCUAAAUGAUUUGCAAACUGGAGCGUUGUGUGAGAUUGAAAUUGAUGAGUGUGGUUCCAAUCCAUGUAAACACGGAGGAACAUGCAUAGAUUCCACAGGACAUUUUAAAUGUACCUGCCUCAUGGGAUUUGAAGGUGAAAAAUGUGAACUGGAUAUCGAUGCCUGCAUAUUCUACAACAUAAGCUGCACCUCGGGGGAACUAUGUGUGGACAGACCUCAUGGACUUAAUUAUACAUGUUUGUUACCAUGUAAUGAAAGUACAGAGUCAUGUGCAAAUGGAGGUAGCUGCUUCCUUGAUGAAGACAACCAGAGUUCUCAAUGUGUCUGUGCUCCUGGAUGGACUGGGCGAACGUGCCUGGUGAACAUUAAUGACUGUGAAGAGAACUGGUGCCAGCAUGGAGCCACUUGUGAAGAUGGAAUCAAUGAAUACAGGUGCAUGUGUCCUCUGGGAUACACUGGUUCCUUCUGUGAGCUUGACAUAGAUUACUGCAUUGGAAACCAGUGCUCAAAUCAUGGCUUCUGCCAGGACAAGUUGAAUAAUUACAGCUGUCACUGCAUGGUUGGAUAUGAAGGACCCUUCUGUGAAGUGGAGAUUAAUGAAUGUUCAAAUUCACCCUGCAAAAAUGGGGCAACCUGUAUGGAUUUAAUUGGCUACUUCUCAUGUCAAUGUGUCGCAGGCUUCAAAGGCAAGUUUUAAAAUAGAAAUAUUCACCUUUGAUUGGAAACAAAGAUCAUUGUUAUUUUUAAUCAUGUGUAUAUUCCUAAUUUGGAACAACAUUAAUUUUUAUUUGAAUGCCUAUAGAAUUUCUUAGAUUGGCUGUUCUAAAUUUCCCUCACCACAUCUCCAUGGUCAGUUUCUUUGGGUUAACUGUGGUGCUAAUGAAAAUGAAAAAUGGGGAGUGGUCAGAUUAUGGGAUAAAUCUUGCUCCCAUGUAUGUGUAAAACCUCCAAAGCAACAAAUAUGCUGUGGGCCCACUGUCGUGUGUAUUAGGUUAUGGAGGGCCCAUUCAUGCAUGAGGAUUCUGAACCCACUGUGAGCUGCUGAGUGUCACUCUAUAGUUUCUGCCUCUGACAGCACAAAGAAGAACUGGCGAUGAGCUGGAGUGUGAUCUGCAGCUCCAUUAACUUAGCAAAUCUACAGACCAAACCUCCUAUGCAGUGUGCUGAAGCCAGUACUACAGACACAGAGUAGCUCUAUGUUUGCUUUGUACCCUGACAGUCUUGGGGAACAAUUCUUUUCCUCCUCCCAACUACUCAGGCUUCAUGUGGUGAACCAGGGGAUGGUUUUGCAUGACAACUUCUGAGGUGUUUCUUCUAAAGCAUCUCAGUUCAAACUAUAGCACACUUUGCUGGAUCAAGCCAUACUAAUGGUGUUUUUUAACAUCUUUAAAAUGUAGAACCCCAAUUUUAUAAAAUAAUUGGGGACUGAGCAGUUAGUAAAAUUAUGAUAUACUACAUUAUUUUCUUCUUCCUUCACACCACGACAAAGCUAUGUUCAAUGUACUGAUGUCAUCAUAAUGUGAGGGGAUGCCAACUUGUUCUUCAACAUCACUUUCAUUAUGUGAUUUUUUUUUCCCCCAAUUGGGAAAAAUAGUUUCUAUAAUGUCAUUUGUAAGUCUGGGUUUCUGGAAACCAAGAUUCUGCAGUAUUUAAAAGUCAGUGUGGGGCUCUGCCCUCGACAAACAUUGUUAAAGAACAUAAAGGGCAGAAUGGCAACAUUAUCUAUAUUACUAUAUCAAGAGUAUUUUUUUUCAUUUAGGACUUGAUUCUGCGAGGUACUCUGCCUCUGAUACAGAAAAGCAUGUAAGCAUAAGAGUAACUUUUAGCGUGUGUAGUCCCACUUAAGUCAAUAAGAUUACUCAGGUGUUUAACGUUAACAAAUGUUUAAGUAUAACAUGGGAGCGCCAAUCUGAGCAUCCUCACUGAUUGCAGUUGUGGUAGUGUAAUAUGGGAAAGGAGAUGGUCUCUCAAGUAACCAGAUUCCAAACCAUUUAAGAUUAUAAAUAUUAUGGACCCAAUCCAGUUCUCAUUGCAACCAAUGAAAAGACAUACACUGCCUGCUAAGGAAUUUGGAUCAAGCUCUAAUUUUAUCACUUAGCAGAAAUGUACUGAAUAUCACCAGGAACUUAGCUUUCUACCUAGGAUACUUAUUUUAUCUGACUUAAGACCUAGAAAUAUGGCUCACAUAGCAUACUUAGCAGAAAAUAUUCUUAAUUGACUGGGCAUCUCAUAUUUUUGUUGUUCCCAGAAAUGCAGCCUUCUGAAUGUAACUGUGAUAAACAACCCAAGAUGAUGUGCACAAUAGUUAGAAGGGAAUUGUGAGGAAAAUGAGUCAAAUCAGUCUGGAAUCUUAAUAGCAGACAAAUAUUUUCAUUGCUAGUUUGACAAUUUAGGAUGUCAUAGCU